GAUGUUAGGAGGCAGAUACACGGCCCCCCUCAAUUAUCUUCUAUUAAGUCUAGAAAUCAAGUCUAGAUAAAUGCAAACGCUAUGGUAAGUAGCGUAAAACAGUAAUUGAUUUAUGCGAAAUAUUAAAUAAUAAUAAUAAAAGUAAAUUAUUAAACAGUAUGAGGCUUUUGAUAAUAAUAAUAAUAGUUAAAUAAAAUAUAAAAGUCGCCGAUAAUAAUAAUAACUCCGUGAGUAUUAUUGAUUAAAGUAUAUUAUUUUAAUAAUUUACGAUAAUAGAAGAUUUCACACGCACCUCACCAAUUGCUGAUUACUCUGUAAGUAAUUUCAUCAAAACUUUGAAAACUACUUAAUGAGUUUAUUAUUUUUAAAAUUAAAUUACAAUAAUAAAUAAAUAAAAAUAAAAAUAAUAAAUAAGAACACGGAUAUGCAUGAAAUCGUGACAAUAAUUUAUAAAAUAAUUCUGUACACAAGAGAUUGGUGAUAAGUUUUAACGAAUAAUAAAAAACUAUUCUGUUGUAUGGGAAAAACGUUAAUGAGAUGAAUUAGAGAAAUAUUCUAGAUCAAAGACAAGGAAAUGAGAGAUAGGAGAAUCACAAGUUGACUUAAGAGUAAAUCAUCAACUUCAUGUGUAUGUGCUGAUUGUAGCAUCAUUACCAUCCCAUUAACGCGUCAAAAGGAGAGCUCUUGCCACUCUCGCAUGGACCUGGGAGAUUGCCCCCAGAUUCACGACUUAGCCCUGCGGGCUGACUAUGAGGCUGCGCAGAAAAAGAAAGAUCACUUUUACGAUAUCGAUGCAAUGGAACAUCUUCAGAAUUUUAUUGCUGAUUGCGACCGGCGCACUGAACAAGCCAAGCAACGUCUUGCGGAAACUCAAGAAGAACUGAGUGCUGAGGUUGCGGCAAAAGCUAACAGCGUUCACGUACUGGCUGAGGAAAUCGGAAAAAAAUUGGCAAAGGCUGAGCAGCUGGGAGAAGAGGGUUUUGUUGAAGAGUCGAUGAAGUUAAUGGGUGAGAUUGACGAAUUACGUAAGCGUAAAAACGAAGCUGAACAAGAAUACAGAAAUAGCAUGCCGGCAUCGAGUUAUCAGCAACAAAAAUUACGUGUAUGUGAGGUAUGCAGCGCUUACUUAGGAAUUCACGACAACGAUCGACGGCUGGCUGAUCACUUUGGGGGUAAACUUCAUCUUGGAUUUAUCAAGAUUCGUGAAAAAUUAUCGGAACUUGAGAAAACAGUUGAGGAGAGACGCAGAGAGAAACGUGAGUCGAUGAUGGAUCGUGAUCGACAUCGUGAUGAACGUGAUCGGGAUCAUCGUGAUACGAGAAACGACCGUGGACGUGGUGGACUUGGAUAUCGGGAUCGCGAACGUGAUCGUGAACGCGAUCGCGAUCGCCGUGACCGUGAUCGCAGACGUUCGCGAUCACGUAGUCGCAGCCGGGGUAAAAGAUCUCGACGAUCACGUAGUGGCAGCCGUGGUCGUAGAUCCCGUUCACGACGUAGUGGAUCCAAUGAUCGUAAACGAUAAAUUAUCGCGUAUUCCUUCAGCGAAUUAAUUUAAUAUUUUAUUAAUUAUAAUUAUAAUAAUAAUAAUAACAAUAUUAAUAUUGAACUUGUACUUCGACAUAACAGGACAGUGACAGACGUGACUUUAAUUAAACACUUGGUACAGACUUAUUUAAUUUAAAACAUAAAUCCUUAUCUUCAGAAGCCAGUCAACGAAGACUAAAACGUAAUGUAAUUUAACGCGUAUUUAAUUUUUAAUUAUUGUAAUUUCAGUUUUUAAUAAUAAUGUUAAAUCGGUUAUCGGUUAAAUUAAUUACUAUUAAUAUUAACUAGAUCUUAAAUAUAAUACGAGGUUAAUUAAUUCGUGCCUGGACAUCGUCAUUGAUUUUUAAUAUCUUAUUAAAAAUAAAUAACAAAAUAAAUAAAUAACAAAAGCAAUUACGGUAAUUGUUUCAUAUGGAUUUUUCAAGAUAUUGUAAACACGCAACACGGACUUGUGCGGCUAUUUUACGUGAGUACGUAGGCAAAUAAAAUUUUAAAAAAUUCAAAUAAACAAUUUACAGUUAGUUUAAUUAAUGUUUCUAUUAAAACAAUAGAAAAUGAAAAAAAAAAAUUAAUUAUUCAUUUAAUAAUAAACGGUUUUAAAUUCGGUUUAAUGUUGAGUUAUGCUCACAAUUAUAC